AUGAGAUCCCAGUUCUGGGAUAUGGGGUCAGUUAUCCCGCAAACACGUGUAUAUGAUGUAUGUUGGAAUCGAUCCCUCGUCUUAAAUCCCCUAACCAUUACUAGCCCCUCAUCUGCGACCGAGAAGGCCACUUCCGAAGCUCUGAACGUUGGAUUCCGUCAUGUCGACUCGGCGAUCAUGUACCGCAACGAGAAGCCCUGCGGAAAGGCAAUUCUGAACUCCGGACUGGAUCGAUCGCAGAUCUUCUUUACGACCAAGAUCCCGCCGGAAGCAAUGGGCUACGAGUCUACCAAGCGAGCUAUUGAUUCCAGUCUACGAGAAGCAGCACAGGAAUACUUUGACCUUAUUCUAAUCCAUGCCCCCUACGGCGGCAAAAAAGCCCGUCUAGGUUCCUGGGAUGCACUAGUCGAAGCCCAGAAAGCUGGCAAAGUGAAAUCCAUCGGGGUAUCCAAUUACGGUAUCCACCACCUCGAAGAACUGGAGGCUUACAUCCAGGGUGGUGGGGGUGGCCAGAUCGAUGUCGGUCAGUACGAGUUGCACCCGUGGCUGGAUCAUUCGGAUAUCGUGGAAUGGUUGCAGAAGAGAAAGAUUGUGGUUGAGGCGUACUCGCCUCUUGCGCAUGGGAGUCGGUUGACGGAGCCUGUAUUGCUGUCGAUCGGAAAGAAGUAUGGGAAGACGCCGGCGCAGGUGAUGAUUCGGUGGAGUUUGCAAAUGGGAUUUGUGCCUCUACCCAAGUCUACUACGCCCAAGCGCAUUCGCGAAAAUGCCGAUGUCUUUGACUUUGAGUUGGCGGAUGAGGAUAUGAAGUUGCUUGAUACAGGAGAAUAUUCUCCCACAGAUUGGGAUCCGACUGUUGAUGAGGAUUGA